UUAAGAUUUAUAAUAAUAAGUGGAAAGUGGAAAAACAUUAGUAAUAGUAUCUGAUAAUUUCUUUAGACAACCUGGCGUAUUCACAUCUCCACGUGCACCAUGAGCACCAACCCGUCCCCCUCUGCAUCCGAGCAGCUCUGCUACCAGAACGUGACCGGAUCCUGCGCGAAAGCCCCUUACUCGCCCGGACCCUGGCUCAUUCUCUACACACUGUUCAGCGUGGGGGCUGUGCUGGCCGUUUUUGGAAACCUCCUGGUGGUGAUUUCAAUCCUGCAUUUCAAGCAGCUGCACUCGCCAACCAAUUUUCUCAUCGCCUCUCUGGCCUGUGCUGACUUUCUGCUGGGGGUGACCGUCAUGCCCUUCAGCAUGGUCAGGUCUGUGGAGGGCUGCUGGUACUUUGGGCCGAGUUUCUGUACCUUCCACACGUGCUGUGAUGUGGCAUUUUGUUACUCUUCCCUCUUCCACCUGUGCUUCAUCUCCAUCGACAGGUACAUCGCUGUUACUGAGCCUCUGGUCUAUCCUACCAAGUUCACGGUGUCCGUGUCGGGGACAUGCAUCGGCAUCUCCUGGAUCCUGCCCCUUGUAUACAGUGGUGCCGUGUUCUACACAGGUGCUUAUGAUGAUGGGCUGGAGGAAUUAUCUCGUGCCGUCAACUGCGUAGGAGGUUGUCAGACCGUUGUAAAUCAAAACUGGGUGUUGAUAGAUUUUCUAUCCUUCUUUAUACCUACCCUCGUUAUGAUAAUUCUCUAUAGCAAUAUUUUUCUUGUGGCUAGACAACAGGCUAAAAAGAUUGAAGACACUGGGGGCAAAAUAGAAUUGUCAUCAGCUAGUUAUAAAUCCAGAGUGGCCAAGAGAGAGCGAAAAGCAGCAAAAACCCUGGGUAUCACUGUGGUAGCAUUUAUGAUUUCAUGGUUACCGUACAGUAUUGACUCAUUAAUUGAUGCUUAUAUGGGCUUCAUAACCCCUGCUUACAUUUAUGAGAUUUGCUGUUGGUGUGCUUAUUACAAUUCAGCCAUGAACCCUUUGAUUUAUGCUUUAUUUUACCCGUGGUUCAGGAAGGCCUUAAAAAUUAUCAUGAGUGGUUGGGUUUUCGAGGACAGUUCAGCCACCAUGAAUUUGUUCUCUGAACAAAUGUAAGCAUUUGGACUGACAAAGUUCAAUCUUUACAAUUUCCAUAUGACAUGAGUUGAUAAAAAUCAAGUAAGACUAUUAAUGAAGAGAAAACCAUUUACUCUUCAAAUUUAACAGGAUAAAUCAAUGCUUUCCAGUAUUAACGGUGCACUUCCUUGUCAUUUCUCAAAAAACAAUUUGCAUGGCUGGUAAAUGUCAAAUCCCUAUUUGUUAACGGCUACAAAGCUCACCAUACCUCCUUUUCUGCACAUACUUCCCUCCCUCCCUUUUGCUCUUUUAUUUCAUUGAUUCUUCCCUUCGUAGCCUGAAAACACCUUUUAAAAAAAAAAAAAUUCUUUCCUCUUUUCCUUAGAAAGUUUUCUGCUCACUCCCAACUUGUCAAAAAUUUCUCUGUGGUUAGUUUUCACAUGGUUGUUGCCUUGUUUGUUUUUGUUUUUGCUUUUGUUUUGUUUGUUUUUGGCUUUGUUUUGCUGCUUUUCCCAAAGGAAAACUUGGGGCAGCAGUGAAAUCUAUUAUGCUGGAUGUCUGCAUGGUGUCUGUGUCAGGAAUUUGCUUCAGCAGCUCCUGGAUCCUGCCUCUUGUAUACAGUGUAUACAGUGGGUGCCUAUGAGGAUGGGAUGAAGGAAUU